UCCUAGUCUGAUUUCUAGGUUUCUCACGCUCACUGCCAGCUGCUGAACUCUUCUGUUAAACAACAACAAAAAACCCCGCAAACCCUCUUUCUGCAACCAACCAGACCGCAAAAACAAACUACACGCGUAUAAAAGAAUCACGAAGGUGACGCCGUUGCCUUCCAUGGAAAACUCGCUGUUCUUCCUCCCCGCGCAUGGAACGUUCCAGGAAGAGUGAACCGGAAGUAGCGGCUCUGUGGACCUCUUCUGUUUUCGUAGCUCUUCUCCCGAUCGGGCGGCGUUUCAGAGAUAGGAAGCUUUCCCGAAGCGGGCAAGCGAAGGUGGAGACGGCGGAAGUGACGUCUGAGAAGGAAAGCGGAUGUACUAGAGGGCGAAGAGGGGGUGGAACCGACGGGUUCGUGAGGCAGCAACGCCAUCGCCAUGGUGGAUUACAGCGUCUGGGACCAUAUCGAGGUGUCGGACGAUGAAGAUGAGACUCACCCCAACAUUGACACGCCCAGCCUCUUCCGAUGGCGGCACCAGGCCCGAGUUGAGAGGAUGGAACAGUUCAACAAGGAGAAAGAAGAUGUAGACAAAGGAUGCCGGGAGUGCAAGCGGAAGUUAGCUGAGUGCCAGAAGAAGAUGAAGGAACUAGAACUAGCCAACACAGAGGACAGUAGAAGUGAGUUGCAGAGGCUGCAGGCUGAGGCCCAGCAGCUGAAGAAAGAAGAGAAGACCUGGGUGGAGAAGAUGGAGGAGCUUAAGAAAAAGGAAAAGAACAUGCCAUGGAAUGUGGACACUCUUAGCAAGGAUGGUUUCAGUAAGAGUGUCUUCAAUGUCCGGCCUGAGCAGCCAGAGGAAGAAUCUGAAGAACAGAAAGAAAAGAAGCACAAAACAUUUGUGGAGAAGUAUGAAAAGCAAAUCAAACACUUUGGAAUGCUGCGGCGCUGGGAUGACAGCCAGAAAUAUCUGUCUGAUAACCCACAUCUUGUGUGUGAGGAGACAGCCAAUUACUUAGUCAUCUGGUGCAUCGAUCUGGAAGUAGAAGAGAAACAUGCCCUGAUGGAGCAGGUGGCCCACCAGACUAUUGUGAUGCAGUUCAUUCUGGAGUUGGCUAAGAGCCUGAAGGUUGAUCCUCGAGCUUGUUUCCGGCAGUUCUUUGCCAAGAUCAAGACUGCUGAUCAACAGUACAUGGAGGGUUUCAACGAUGAGCUGGAAUCUUUCAAAGAGCGGGUACGAGGCCGUGCCAAGGAUCGCAUUGAGAGAGCCAUGAAAGAAUAUGAAGAAGAAGAGCGACAGAAGAGGCUGGGUCCUGGUGGCCUUGAUCCUGUGGAAGUGUAUGAAUCACUCCCAUCUGAACUCCAGAAAUGUUUUGAUGUGAAGGAUGUUCAGAUGCUUCAAGAUACUAUCAGCAAAAUGGAUCCUACAGAAGCAAAAUACCACAUGCAGCGAUGUAUUGAUUCUGGCCUUUGGGUGCCAAAUGCACGAUCAGGUGAUGGAACAGAGAAAGGUGACAAACCAGAAGGUGUAUAUGAGGAGCUUAAGAAACAGAAUGGCAAGGAGGGCAAAGGAACCGCCUGAAACCUGGGCCAGAGGUUUUCAAAGCAGAUUACACCUCUCAACCUUUGUCUUUUCUUUCUUUCUUACCAAACUGUUCAGCAAUGAUGUGCUUUAUACACUUAGACACUUCAUGAAUUGUAUGAGAUGCUUCUUACUGGCUCUCUUGCUCACCAUAAUAGCUCCCUGCCCCAAAUUUUGCAACCUUGCCACCUGUUGGAAGCCAGUUUUUUUAAGGGAAGUUAUGAAACACAGUGCAGCGUUUACAGGGGCUUGGCAUAGCGAUUCUGCCUUCUGUCUUGCUGUGGUAAUGCCAGUCAGUGUCCUAGAUAUAAUUGUGCUGUUAUAUCUAUCUGUUUGUUGGCAACCAGUUAAGCCUACUUGAGCAAAUAAAAAGAUUAAAAUAGC